AUUUUGUGUUUUUGUAUUUAAUAGUUAUUUAUUAGUUUUUAAGUAAAUGCUGAUAUACAUAGAACAGUGACCGGUACGUUUGAGUAGUAUAAUGCGAAAAACCAAUGUUAUCUAUUUUCUUUUGUUAAGCUUAUUUAUUUUACUUUAUAUGUCUGCUUCUGUAAAAUGUAACAAAACUCCUUCAAAUGAAGAACUCAAAGCUCAAAAGUUUCCUCCAUGUGCAGCUUGUAAAAUUUUAAUAAAUAGCUUUAAAAAGGGUGUAGAAAGGACUAGUCGUGAAAAAUUCGAUGGUGGUGAUAGUGCAUGGGAAGAAGAUAAAUUAGGCUCAUAUUCAAAAAGUGAAACUAGAUUAAUAGAAAUACAAGAACAUUUAUGUAAAGAACUAGAUCGUGGAGAAACACAAUGUCAUACUUUAGCUGAAGAAUUAGAAAAUAAAAUAGAAGAUUGGUGGUUCAAUCAUCAACAAAUACAUCCAGAUAUCUAUGAAUACAUUUGCAUUCAACAGACAGAACGUUGUUGCCCUAAAGAUCAUUUUGGUCCACAGUGCACACCAUGUCCUGGUUUUCCAGAUAAAAUUUGUAAUAAUAAUGGUAAAUGUAAAGGAGCAGGCACUAGAAAAGGAAAUGGUAAAUGUUUGUGUGAUAAAGGCUAUAAGGAAGAUAAUUGUUCGGAAUGUGCAACUGGAUAUUAUGAAUCUUAUAAAGAUGAAAAUAAACUACUUUGUUCUCAAUGUCAUGCUGCUUGUGAUGGUCCUUGUAAAGGACCAGGUCCAAAAAAUUGUGAAAAAUGUAUGAAAGGAUGGAACAUGAUAGAUGAAGAAGGAUGCAUUGAUAUUGAUGAAUGUGUAAAGAAUGAUGAAUAUUGUCCUGGAAAUCAAUUUUGUAUCAACAAGGAAGGAGGGUACACAUGUUUAAGUUGUGACAAGGCUUGUAAUGGUUGUACUGGAGAUGGGCCAGAUAUGUGUAUAAAAUGUGCAGAAGGAUUCCAUAAGAAGGAUAAUUUGUGUUUAAAUUCUGAUCUUUUGGGCCGUAAACAACAAGAAAAUAUUGCACGAUAUGCUACAUAUUUUGGUCUUUGUAUAGCUACAUGUAUUAUUUUUCAACGAAAUGUUUAUAUAGCAAGUGUAAUUGGAUUACUAGUUGGUAUAUACAUAUCAGUCUCUGAGUACAUGAUAGCUCAUAGUAAUGUUCAAGAUACAACAGCAAAUGUUGAUAUUUUAGGACCAGAAUAA